CGGUGUAAACUAUACAUUCAAGAGCCCAAGAUUUACCCACAUGGCUGCAAUAAUCACCUUCACAGCUUCUGAGCUGGCAGACACUGGAGACCUGUAUAAUUGGACAGACUACGCUUAUCCGACAGAUGAGCCAGAUUACCAGUGUGAUUUUGAGAUGGACCCGCAGACAUUUCACACCGGGCUCCAUACAGCGUUUUACAUCUUUACCUUUCUGCUGGGUGUGGCAGGGAAUGGCCUGAUGAUGACCAUCCUCCUGAGACGCUGGCGCCUCCUGCGCAUCACUGAGAUCUACCUACUGCACCUCGCCCUGGCAGACCUCAUGCUCCUUUUUACAUUUCCUUUCAGUGUAGCUGAGAAUGCCACUGGAUGGCUUUUUGGCAACUUUCUCUGCAAGGUGAUGGGCCUGAUGAAACAACUUAACCUCCUCUGUGCAAGUUUCCUUCUUGCUUGCAUUGGGUUUGAUCGGUAUUUGGCGAUUGUUCACGCUAUCACUAGCAUGCAAAGUCGACGUAAGAGAACAGUGCACCUAACAUGUUCAAUAUUAUGGCUGGUCUGCUUGGCUUUAUCAGCGCCUAAUGUUGUGUUUCUUACGGUGAACGUGGAAUCCACAAACACAUCUAGACUCUCCUGUUUCUUUCAUGAUUAUCGCAAUCAUGCAAGCAAUUGGGUUAUGACCAUCAGAGUUUUACAUCAUGUGUGCUUUUUUCUGCCCCUGGCUAUAAUGAGCUAUUGUUACACAGCAGUGGUAGUUACUUUGUUCAAGAGUCAGAAAAGCCAAGCAAAGCGAGGAGCAAUUCGACUGGCUUUACUCAUCACUCUCGUUUUUUGUUUCUGUUGGCUACCAUAUAAUGUCACCUUAGUGAUACAUACUAUGGAGGACCAGGCCGUUAUCUUGUAUGAAAGCUGCGAAUCCUAUGGCAUACUGCAACAAGCCCUUGUUGUAACCGAGAGCCUGGGUUUCGCACACAGUUGUUUGAACCCUUUCCUAUAUGCCUUUGUUGGUGUGCGGUUUCGCAAUGAGCUAAUACAGUUACUUUGUAAGUUCGGCUGCAGACGUGUUUGUAUGCCUUUCAUCAGAGCUCAGGGUCACAGUCGACCGCCCAGUUCUGAUGGAGUAACAACCACCACCAGCAUCCUCAUCUAAUAAACUCUUCUACAAUGUCAGCUGUGAUUUAAAUGCUUCUGUUCUACAGUAUUUCGUUUGUAAUGAUGGAAAAUUUUAUCAGAUGUUCUGAAAAUAUAGUACCCAUUGCUAUGAUUGCAUUUAAAAGAUGUUUUAUUUACCCAGUCAAGAAAAAAAUGUUAUUGUCGUCAGAAAUGUGCCUUUUCUUGUAUUUUAGCAACUACUAAUUAAAUGUAAUAAAAACUUCAUAUAUACA